AUGGCAGAAAAUAGCUCUCUGGCUUCUCCUGCGAGAAAAUGGAAAUAUCCGCUCUUUGUCUUCUUUGAAGGUGCUAGGAGCGUUUUCAAACUGGAUGAUCUUGGUUUGGAGAUACUUCAGAUAGCAUUUCCUGCAGCUCUUGCAUUAGCUGCUGACCCUAUUGCCUCUCUAAUCGAUACAGCAUUCAUUGGCCAUCUAGGUUCAGUAGAAAUAGCUGCCGUUGGUGUUUCAAUUGCAAUAUUCAAUCAAGUCUCAAAGGUAGCUAUAUUUCCUAUAGUAAACAUUACUACCUCUUUCGUUGCUGAGGAAGACACGAUGAAAAGAAUAGCAAGUGAACCAGAAAAGUGUGGUGAUUUGGAGAAAGGUGCAGUAAAAGUCUAUGCAACAGAGGAAACUGCACUUGAAAAUCUGGAUGCUUCAAUCCCAGAGGACAAAAUGAAGGAGUUUGAAGAAGGUUUUGAAUCCGGCAAAACUUUGGCUGUAAAGAGCAACACUGCUGCUAAGAGAAAAGAAAAACAUGAAAGGCGGAAAAUCCCUUCAGAAACAACUGCGCUGGCUGUUGGUGGUGUGCUUGGCCUCCUUCAGACCUUAUUGCUUAUAUUUCUGGCUAAACCAGUGCUUGGAUUAAUGGGUGUGAAAGCUGGAUCUGCAAUGCUGUCUCCAGCAAGGAAGUAUCUAACGCUCAGAGCACUUGGUUCUCCAGCAGUGGCACUUUCUUUGGCUAUGCAAGGUGUCUUCCGUGGUUUCAAGGAUACAAAAACUCCUUUGUAUGCCACUGUUGCAGGAGAUACUACUAACAUUAUUUUGGAUCCAAUUUUCAUAUUUGUGUGCCAUCUGGGUGUUAGCGGGGCUGCCAUUGCUCACGUUCUUUCUCAGUACUUGAUUUCAAUAAUUCUCUUGUGCAAACUAAUCAAGCAAGUUGACCUUUUACCUCCAAGUACUAAACAUAUGCAGUUCAGUAAAUUUCUCAAGAGUGGUUUUCUGAUACUAGCAAGAGUGCUUGGAGCAACACCCAUGGCUGCAUUCCAAGUUUGCUUGCAGGCCAUUCUUGCCUGUGCAAUUGCUGAAAAGGACUUCAAGAAAGCAACAGCAACUGCUAGGCGAGUCAUCCAGAUGGGAUUUGUGCUGGGACUGAUCCUAGCUCUAGUCGUGGGGCUCGGUAUUGCAAGUGGUCAUGGUGGCAGCAGCAAGCAUCGGAUGCUUGUUUCUUCUUUCACAAUUUUAUGGAUUCGUUGGAAUAUGAAUUGCUUUGAGCAUAUACAUGCUUCUGCGUGCCUUUGCCGGCUUUUGGAGGGUUUGUUCCGGUACAGGACCGUGGAGAGUUGUAGUUCUGGUCUCAUUCCUCUUUAUAUCAGUAAUGAGAAUCCAUGA